AUGGCCUCGGGCCCAGAGGAGCGAGGGGAGCAGGGGACCCCAGAAUUGUUUCCUUGCUCAGCCUGUGACAUGGUUUUCCCUUCAAGGACUCUCCGGGACAGUCACACCUACCGCUUCUGCAUUGGCCACCUCACUCCAGGGGUACCCGGGGGCCGAAGGGAGAGCCCAGCCUGGCCCUCAGCCUCCCUCCCGCUUGACAGAGAAGGCCGGUCACAUCAGCCCAAGGAUCAACUGGAGACCCACCAAAAAACCACAGGCCAGGGGGAAGCCAGUGGGGCCACCCUGAAGAGGCUGACAGAUGAGGUUCAAAGGCUUCGGGUGUCGCUGCAAGAGAUGGUGUCUCCCCAGAAGGGCACUGCAGGGUCCCGGGCUCACCUAGAAGCAGCCUACGCUCGUCGUCUGGCAGAGAUUGGAGCCCGAACUCGGAGUCUGGAGAAGCACCGAGAGGAAAUCAGGCAGCAGCUUGGGGGCCUGGCUGGGGGCGAUGCUAGCACCAACGUCCUAGGGCAGGUGAUGCUGGUGAUCCAGGCCCAGGAGAAGAGGACGCAGAUGGCUCUGGACGUGCUAGGGGAGCGUGUGGAGAAACUGCAGGCACGGACUCAGCCAGAUCUCCCAGCUGCGAAGAAGGAGGAAGGGCCAGACCUCAACCUCUUGGCCCUACCACCCAGUCAAGGGGUCUUGACUUCAGAGAUUCGGGCCCUACAGACAUCCUACCUGCAGGCCGGGGGCAGAGACCCUGGAGUCCUGGCCAAGCUGUGGGAGCUGCACCUCGAGGCUGCACUUCUGGAGGGGAGGCCUCAGAAGAGGCAAGCGAAGGCCGCUGCCGGGCCCCGGACACUAGACACCCAGCUGCAGGCCCUAGAAGCUAUUAACGGGCACUUGGAGACCGAGAUCCUGGCCCUGCAGACUCAGAGAGGACCCCGGAGAGCCCAGCAGGGCCCAUGGGAGCCCCAGCCCGAGGAGGGGAUUGGCCUGCUCCGGAGAAGAAGAGGAGGCUCUGCCCAUCUGCCACCCCCUGUGGCUCCCCCGCUGCCACCCCCUCCCCCAGGACUCCCCAGGGACAGCCCUUUCUCAGGCACGAUGGAGACCACAGGAGCCUCAGCCCAGAGCCGCCACCUCCUGCCCCCACCUGAUGUGCUGGGCCCAGCUCCUUACGACCCAGGGGCUGGGUUUGCCAUAUUCUACGACUUCCUGCUAGGACUGGAGCCUGAGUGGUCACAGGUGCAGCUGGUGACAGGGCUGGCACGGGGCGGGCAGGAAACGGGCCCCAGCACUGCCCUACCCCCCAGUCCCUGUCUGCCGCUGCCCCCCACCCCAGGGGCUCCCUUGGGUAACUGUGCCAUCCUGGCAGCCAGGCAGCCUGUGCCCAGGUUACAUCCCUCCCAGGCUGUGACCCUGGUCACAGAGCUUCAGGCCUGGGGCCUUUGGGACAGAGGCCAGGAGCCAAGGCCCCAGGCUUGGACCAAUAUACAGCUGUUUGACUGGGAGCAGAGAGUGCUGAGCGGACACUGGAGGCUGCCUCUGAGAGCCCUGCCCCGGGCACCGAGCCUUCACCCCAGGCAGCUCAAUGCCAUCCCUCAGGCUGGCCAGAUCGAGCUGUACCUGAGAAUAGCAAAUGCAAGAGACGCUGAGAUCCAGGCAUUGGCCAAAAUCGACCCAGCUCAAGGCCGGGAAUACCGCUACCUGCCCACCGUACCCAGCUCAGCCUCUCUGGAAGACAGUAACCUGUACUCCCACUUCCUGGGACCCCCCAGCCUGCUCCCCUCCCUCUCUCUAUCCGAUGGCUUCAAUGACCCUCCUCCUGCUUCAGAGUAA